CGCUAAAAUGAAGUGGCUCUUAGUAGUCACCUGUGCUGUGAUCUGCAGCACAUACGUGGGAGCCAAAGACGAAGUUGACAAUGAAGUUAGCAAAAGCUCUCCCGGUGGUGUAGUGUACCUGAUUGAAAGUAUUAGUGAUGGGAAGAAUGAUGAUGGGCAUAAACCCAGUUAUGUGUUGGCAGAUCCAAUACCCAUUGAUCAAGCUGGAGACGGAGUAUACUUCAAACCCUUGGAUGGACAACCUCUGGAUACACCAAAGUUAAUCCACGGAGACGGAAAAGGAGGUGGGUACGGCGGUGGAUUUGGAGGCGGUUUCGGUGGAGGAGGAGGUGGCGGUGGAGGAGGUGGAGGAGGUUAUGGCGGAGGAUUUGGAGGAGGUAAAGGAGGCGGUUUCGGAGGAGGAUUCGGAAGUGGGAAAGGAGGAGGUUUUGGAGGUGGAUUCGGAGGUAGUGGUGGUGGCGGUGGCGGAGAUGGAGGUUGUGCCUAUAGUAGAAAUCCAUUUUUAAGUAAGGGAUGUGGUAAUAGUGGAGAAAAUUGGGGUGGUAAUAGAGGUGGAGUAGGAUACGGUGGUGCAAAAGGAGGCGGUUUCGGAGGUGGUGAUGGAGGUGGUUUCGGUGGCGGUGCCGGAGGUGGUGGUGCCGGUAGUCACGGUGGUGGCGGUUCAGGAGGAUAUGGAGGCGGCGGAUCAGGCGGAUACGGAGGAGGAGGAUCUGGAGGAGGUAAAGGUGGUGGAUUAGGAGGAGGUGGAGGAGGAGGACUUGGCGGAGGUGGCGGAUUAGGAGGAGGUAGCUCUGGAGGUUACGGAGGAGGCGGAGCUGGAGGAUAUGGUGGAGGAGGAUCAGGAGGUUAUGGAGGCGGUAAAGGUGGAGGCGGAGGUCUUGGUGGAGGAGGUGGAUUUGGAGGCGGAGGCGCAGGAGGUGCCGGAUCAGGCGGCGGAGGUUCAGGAGGACAUGGAGGAGGCGGUGGCCUUGGAGGAGGAGGUGGUUUAGGCGGAGGCGGUGGAUUAGGCGGAGGCGGUGGAUUAGGCGGAGGCGGUGGAUUAGGCGGUGGUGGUGGUCUUGGCGGAGGUGCAGGAGGUGCCGGUGGUUAUGGAGGCGGAGGUGCAGGUGGCCAAGGAGGUUAUGGAGGCGGAGGUUCCGGAGGAGGAGGCUCUGGAGGUAUGUCACUUACUAUUAAAUUUUACGUUAAAUCUUCAGAAAGACGAAUCUUUAUCCGUCAGCACGAAUCUAUGGUUAUGGAGGGCGGUGGCGGAAAAGGAGGUGGUGCUGGUGGAGGAUAUGGAGGUGGUUUAGGAGGUGGAUUAGGCGGAGGAAGCGGAGGUCAAGGAGGUUAUGGUGGAGGCGGCUCAGGAGGUCACGGAGGAGGUGGAAGCGGUGAUGGAUUUGCCACUGGUUCAAUAGAAAUCAUAGGAGGCGGUAGCAAAGGCUCUGGAAAAGAUAAGACUGGACCUAUUAUCUUCGAUAAUAAUGAUGACGUCGGAUUUGGCGGAUCUGGCAAAGGAACCGGAGGAGGCAGUGGCAGCGGAGGAGGCUACGGUGGCGGAAGUGGUGGAGGCGGAGGUUUAGGAGGAGGAGGCCAUGGUGGAAGUUCUGGAGGCGAAGGUUUAGGAGGAGGGAGCGGCCUUGGAGGAGGUCAUGGUGGAAGUACUUCAGGUGGUAUUAUUAUCAACGGAGGGGGAGGGGAUGGUGGAAGUACUUCAGGUGGUAUAAUUCUCGGCGGAGGAGGAGGUUUGGAGAUGGUCAUGGAGGAGGACUUGGAGAUGGAGGCGGUAUUGGAGGAGGUUUCGGCGGAGGAGGUGGUUACGGCGGAGGAGACAUAUAUUUUUAUAAUAGGCGAAGGAGACGAAGGAAUAGUAUUAGGCGGAGGGGGUAAAGGAGGUCAUUCAGGAGGAUAUGGAGGAACUAAAGGCGGUGGUUACGGAGGAGGUGGAGGUUGUCCUGGAGGAUGCGGAGGUGGUGGUGGAGGCAAAGCAUACGCUCAUGCAAGCGCCAGUGCCAGUGCAUCAUCUUAGCUUCGUAAUACCAUAGUGAAAAAAUUAGUAGAAGAGUGCAUAGAAUCCUCGACAUGGUUGGGUGUAAAACCAGUAGGUACUAAUAAACCUGAGAAAAUUCAAGAAAUCGGAUUCAAGGAGCAAGCCAACACUUAUAACACUCUGCCUAAAUUAGUAAACUUGGAAAUCCAACUACAAAAUGUUGAUCCACUACUUUACGAUUCAACAAAACCAUACAUUAAUGCCAUACCUGGUAGCCAACACAAUUUAAAUCUUUUUAGUGACGAUGGUACAAACUACCAAGCUAAUACCCUAGACAUCAGGCCAAAGGUAAUAGUUCACGAAACUGAAUAUGACAGCGACUCUGCGUCUUCAUCUUUAAGCAGCUCGUCUUCGUCUUCAAGUAGUUCGUCUUCGUUUUCAAGCAGCUCCAGGGCUGAUUUCUCUUCAGACGACAGUGUUGAGGAUCCCGACGGAUUCUUUUCCAAUCUUUAA